AUGGUCACUGCUCGUGCUGGGUUCCGCCUUGACUCAAGGCUUCGUCCUCGGGUCAGUCACACCCUUCCCUUGGGCACCACGCCGCACCACCACAGCAUUCCUCUUAAUGCUCCCGCUGAAUUCGGUGCGAACCCUACCCUCGUUCAUACCACCUGGGAAUUCAAGUUUCCGCGUGGUGAAGACUAUCUGGAUUUCAUGCAUGAUAUUCCCAAUGACGGACUGAUUCGGCUUAAAGGGAUUCUCAACGCCCUUGCCGAAGUCCUGGUAGCAAGGACUUACGAGUUUCCCAAGCCUGGGAACAGCGGAGAACACGGUCUCCUGAAUUUCGCCUUUCGCCAAAUUAAGACGCUGCACCCUUUGUUUUGGGACAAAGCCGUCAAAAUGACACAGACCAUCGAAGCCGGUGCUUUUGCGGACACGUCUUUGGACGAGGCUAAUGGAAGGACGUUUGGAGUGACCGAUGCUGAGGACUGGGUUCGCAAAGCUACGUUGGACAUUAUCGGCGUCGCCGGUUUGGGAAGGGAUUUCAACAUCCUGGAACAUUCCAACGACACGAUCAGCAGUCUCUAUGCUGAGCUCACCUCCAAUUGA